AUGACCUCUAAGCCCAUCAAGAAAGUCGUCGUGUACUUCCGCCCGGCCGGCUGCGCGCCGCAGCUGAAGCAGUCCAAGUUCAAGAUUGGUGGAAGAGAGAAAUUUCUGAAGAUAAUUGAAUUUCUUCGCCGCCAGAUUCACCAGGAUACAGUGUUUCUCUAUGUGAACAAUUCAUUUUCACCGAACCCAAAUGAGUUGAUAAUUGAAUUGUACACCCUGUUUGGAAUUGACGGGCAGCUGGUGUUUUAUUUCGCUUCAUGGGGUUAA